CUGCUUGUUGUCUUGGAACAAGCAAGCUGAAGGCGUGUCAAAGUGUCUGAUAUGUGGUAGUUUGUGUGUCACUGACAUGUGUGGUUACAUUCGAUGACUUCAAUUUUUUCAAACUAUUACAAUACAGUGUCUGUUUGUUAGUGUAGAUGUGUCCUGUGUCUGUGUUUGUGUUGGAACUUCCUGGUGUCAUGGCCAAUGUUUUGAAAACUGAAUCAAAUAUUGAACCGGCGAUAGCUCUGGGUAAUGGUUUAAACUGCUUUAAACCAUUCGAACUGGGGUGAAGCCGCUGUUGAACUGCUCAAAUAACCAAAUCAUAGAGAGUGACGAUUCAACUGGUUGGAUUGUCCGGUUUGGAUUUUAAGACAUUGGUCAUGGCACAUGCAAGUACAAUUUUUCGGUGAUCAUAAAAUAAUGGAUUCUCAUGACGAAACAGGAUGCCAGACUCCAGAACUGCCCAUACUUUGUGUUAAUAAUUGCGGUUUCUUUGGGAGGGCUGCUACCAUGAAUAUGUGUUCCAAAUGUUACAAAGACACGCAGUUGAUGCAGGAACAGGAAAAACUAGCGGCAGCAUCAGUUGAAAACUUGGUGAGUGGCGGUUCUAUGAAACAGGUUGUGACUGAUGGUGCUGUUAAUGUACAAAUUGAGAAUGUGGAGGUCAAGACGGUCAGCGCUGAGAUUUCUGGAGAUUCAUCUUCUAGUGAGAAUUUGGAGACAAAAGUCAAGACAGGUCCAAGCAGAUGUGCUACUUGCCGGAAGCGUGUUGGAUUAACAGGUUUCACCUGCAAAUGUGGAAACCUUUUUUGUGCAAUGCACCGCUAUUCUGACAAGCAUGAUUGCCCGUUUGAUUACCAAUCUGUUGGCCGGGAUGCUAUUGCUAAAUCCAACCCUGUAAUUAAGGCCGACAAGCUCGACAAAUUCUAGGGAUGCACUCGACUGAUAAAAUGUCUUGAUAGAAGGCACAUGCUUAGAGAAAACCUGCAUUGUUGCAUUAGGAGGUUUUGUGCUGGUUUGAUGGAAUUCUUUGGAUUAUUUAUUGGUUGCUCUGCAUAUUUUUCUUUACUCAUUCCAUAAUGGCAUUGGCUGCUUAGUUUGUGUGCUUUAUUUAUGAUAAUGCUCAUUGAACUUUUGUUAAUACUGAAUAGAACUUGAAGAAAUAUCCUUAACAGGGGUGAA